AUGACCUACUCGAAGUAUGCCUUCUACCUGAACCGUCUUGGGCGAGACGCAGGCUUUGAAGACAAGCUGACGAGCUACUGUUUUCGCCGAGGCUGUGCCAAUGCCAUCGAUGGUAAGGCCUCCGACGCUGUACGGGAUCAAGUCAUGAGACAUAAUCCCUUCACGGGGGUCUUCAACGAGGCAUACAACAAUCAAGCAGUGAGAUUCAAUGUGCAAGACGCCUAUCUCGAGAGCGAUAUCACUGAUGAUGGGCUGACCCGGGCCUUUACCCACAUGAGUAUUCGAUGCAACCCUGGCGCUCCGAAAGAAGUCCCCCGAGAAGUGAUGGAUCGACUCCUCGCCGCGGAUCCAGAGAUUGUCGUCCUUGAGCGAGAAAUCAAAGAGUCACAUACCAGGAUCAAGUGGGACUACACGUUCAUCAAUCGAGCCCCCAAGGAGGUCAGGGAGGCCCACAAGAAACUCGGCCAGCAGCUUAAGGCUGCGACGAAGAGCCUGGAAGAUGAGCUUGAGGCUGAACACAGGAAGGAUUACUUCUACUAUAUCUAUAACGAGAUGAUGAAGAGGCAGUUGAACAGGCCGCUGAACAAGACCGUGGUAGAAGCCGAGCCUGUUAUCGAACAUCAGCUCGAAGAACGGACACGAUUGCAGCUGGUCCUUUGCGAUCUCUCCAAGAACCUCAGUUCUCAAGCCAUCGUUGCUCGAAAGGUCUGUGCCAUCAACCUCGAGAUCGCGCUCGCGUCGCGAAAAGAACUCAUGACUCGCCAGCCGCCGUCCGCUCCAGCCUGCAAGGAUCCUCUCAGGGAAGAAUCUUCCGUUCCGGCCCCUGCUCUCACUCCCGCUCUCGAUCCCCUCCCACCGGCUAUGAAAGGUCCGUACCCCUACGCGCUAAGUUCGCUGCAAGCAGCUCCCGUUUAA